CCCCAUCCCUGUCCCCGCGCCCAUGGCCACGCCGGGACCCCGAGCCUUGCGGGCUGCGCUGUGCGGCGGCUGUUGCUGCCUCCUCCUGUGUGCCCAGCUCGCUGUGGCUGGUAAAGGAGCUCGAGGCUUUGGGCGGGCAGCCCUGAUCCGCCUGAACAUCUGGCCAGCUGACCAAGGAGGCUGCGCAAAGCUGGAGGCCUGUGAGCGUUGUGUGGAGGGGGACAGAGCACACAACCUGUCCCACUGCGUCUGGCAGCACUGUCAGCCAGAAGAGCCAGGACACUGUGUGGCCCAAGCUGAGAUGACCAAGGAGGGUUGCUCUGUCUACAACCACUCAGAGUCAUGUCCAGCUGCCCACCAUCACCCCACCUAUGAACCGAAGACAAUCACAACAGGCAGCCCGGCAGUCCCUGAAGAUCAUGGCCCUGGCUUUGACGGGGCCAGCUUCAUUGGGGGUGUGGUGCUGGUGCUGAGCCUGCAGGCAGUGGCCUUCUUCGUGAUACGCUUCCUCAAGGCCAAGGACAGCACUUACCAGACACUAAUCUGACCCUCGUGGGUCUGGAUGCCACCCUACAGGACACCAAGGCUGCUCUCUUUGGCUGCCUUGUGGGCACUGGGGUGGGAAAAACUUUGGCCACCAGUGUCUGUCCCCUGCGGGCAUCAGGCACACAACAGGCCCAGAGCUAGUGCCUUGACAUCCCCUCCAGUCCUGGGCCAGACACCUGCAGCUGAGAGCACCCCUCCACCACCUCAUGUCUCCUCUGUUGUCUCUUC